AUGGGCUCGGGGCAUGCCGGGUCCCAGGCAUCCUCCCCUCAGAGGCAGCAGCGAGGGUGGCAGGCUCCUCCCCGCUCAUCAAUGCCAGUGAGGUCGCGCCCGCUGGGCCCAGAAAGGGAAGUGGGAGGGGACAGCCAGUUUUUGGAAGUUUUUGGAAAGUAUCCCUUGGGCCUAAAUUUUAGUGACCUCAGACUAUACCCUAUACUGGAUAAAUCCAAGCCCUCAGUUCCUCCUAAGUCAAAACCUCGGACUGUCCUUCCGCCUGAGGAGAAUACCUUGAUAGACCUACUAACAGAGAAACCCCCACCAUACCCUCCUCAACCUCUUCCCAACCCCAACCCUCAUCUGGAUUCCUCCGAGGAGGAUGAGGAACCCCCAACUACUGGGGGGACCCUCCCAAACUCCUCUCCGAUAGUGGGAAGACUCCGGGGGUGCAAGGAACCUACAACUUCUGGGGAAACCUCAAAGGCUUUCCCCUUAAGACAGACUGGAGGCCGCAACGGUCAAUAUCAAUACUGGCCUUUCUCUACCUCUGACCUUUACAACUGGAACCAUAACCCUUCCUUCUCAAGUGACCCUGUAGCCUUAACCUCUUUGAUUGAGUCCAUUCUAGUGACCCACCAACCAACCUGGGAUGACUGCCAGCAGCUUCUCCAGACUCUCCUCACCUCUGAGGAGAGACAAAAAGUCUUAUUAGAAGCCCGUAAAAAUGUUCCUGGGGACAAUGGGCGUCCCACCCAACUCCCCAAUCUGAUUAAUGAGGCUUUCCCCUUGACACAGCCUGAUUGGGAUUACAACACUGAUGAAGGUAGGAACCACCUAUGUCUCUAUCGCCAGUUACUCAUAGCGGGUCUCCAUGGGGCUGGACGAAGGCCCACCAAUUUGGCUCAGGUAAGACAAACUGUUCAGAGGGCGGACGAAACCCCUACUGCAUUUCUAGAAAGAUUGAAGGAGGCAUAUCGAAGGUUUACUCCUUUCGACCCAGAUAGUGAGGAACAGAAAGGCAAUGUCUCUAUGGCAUUCAUUUGGCAAUCUGCCCCUGACAUUAGAAGCAAGCUACAAAGGUUGGAUAAUCUGCAGGAUUUCUCCCUAGCAGAUUUGUUAAAGGAAGCAGAAAAAAAUUUACAAUAA